AUGACUGCGGCGAACGCACUGUCCGCCUUGAACGCGAUUGACGCCGUCCUGCGUGACACCGCCAAACCGUGGCAAAUCCUGUUCGCCUGGGCCGAAAAACGGAGCGGCAUCAGCUGUCUGAAGCUUUUCUUCGGAACGGUUUGCGCCGUGUCCAUGUUCUUGAUCACGAACAGCCUGUGCGCGAUGGUGGUGAGCGACCUGCUCGGAUUCGCGUAUCCCGCUUACGUGACCACCGCGCUGAUGGUGCGCACCGUCGAACAGUUGCCGGCCGGCAGGCCCGCCGACGACCGCGGGUCCGUGUCGCCGGUCCACAGAUGGUUUAUGUACUGGACACUGUACGCCACCGCGUUGACGGUGCAGCAGCUGUGCGGCGGCCUGCUGCGGUCGAUACCGUUCUACUGUUUGAUCAACACCGCGUUUUUCGCAUGGUGCGCCGCACCCAUCGAGGCUAAUGGGGCCGCAUUCGUGUACGCCGUUAUCGUGCGCCGUUACUUUAGCCGCGAACGCUAA